GUCUUAUUCGAAUGUAUCGUCGCUGCUUAUCCGAGACCAGAUGUUGUGUGGUAUUUCAACGACAAAGUUAUUGCCAAAAAUGACAAGUUUUCCCUACACUCACGGGACCUGACUUCUUGCAGAUUCUUUCUAUCCUUGUCCAUUCACGAUCCAGAGGACGAAGAUUCAGGCGUGUAUAAAAUCUCAGUGACCAAUAAAAAUGGAAAUGCCAUCGGAUCCAUUUUCGCAAAUUUCAAAGUGGAAGAAGAAGAACUUCCGGACCAAAAAGCCCCCGUGUUCAAGAAGAAGCCCGCCAUCCGGCAGGAGGAGGAUGGCGAGCGUCUUCUCUUCGAAUGCGUCAUCGAGGCCAACCCCGUCCCGACCAUUUCCUGGUUCCGAGACGAAAAGCCCGUCACAGAGACAGACAGGAUCAAGCUGAAAUGUGAUCGCAAAGGAAACGAAUCCCACUGUGCACUCGUUAUUGAUGACGUAGACGAAGACGAUGGCGGCAAAUACAAAGUUACAGCCAAGAACAAAUUGGGAGAGAGUAGUGCAACGAUCAACCUUAACUUCGACACCGAAGAAGAGGAAGAAGAAGUGGGUAAACCUGUGUUCGUCGGAAAGCCCCUCAUUAAACAAAGCCCCGACUUCAACAGUAUCAUAUUCGAAUGUCAGCUGACGGCCGAUCCCAAGCCCACGCUGCAAUGGUUCCACAACGGCAAGGCCAUAAACGAUGGCGGCCGGUACAAGUCCCUCAUCAAGCCAUCUGCAGCAGGAUUUGUGGUCACCCUCGAAGUAGCCCAAGUGGGUGCCGCUGAUGGCGGAGAAUACAAAGUUACUGCUAAGAAUUCCAUAGGAGAGGGAUCUGCAACGAUCAAUCUCAAUUUUGAAGGUGAUGCCAGUAAAAAAAUUCCAGGGGGCAAGGCUCCCCGCUUUCCAAAGAAGCCCGCAAUCAAGCAGGAAGGAGACUCUUUGUGCCUGGAAGUGGUUCUAGAAGCACAUCCCUUCCCGAAAAUCCUCUGGUUCCUGGGCAACAAAGAAGUGAAGGAAGGACCCAGGCACAAAAUUAAGAAAAAGGAGGUUUCCAAAGAUACUUAUUUGUUGUCAUUAGAAAUUUUGGAUCCAGAGCCUGAAAAUGACGGUGGAACGUACCGCUGCAAUGCUGUCAACGAAUUAGGUGAAAGCAACGCCAAUAUUGCUUUAAAUCUUCAAGGCGAAGAAGAAGGACCGUCUUUCUCCCAGAAGCCUAAAAUCAUUCCAAAAGAAAAUGGCAAACUAAUCCUCAUGGAGUGCCAUGUCAAGUCCAAGUCAGCACUUCGCGUCACGUGGUUCCAGGGAAACAAGACAGUUCAAGAGUCAAUCCGCAUCAAGACAUCCGUAGUCGAGCUUAGAGGCAACGAGUACAAAGUUGCCCUAGAAAUCAGAGAUCCUUCCUCCAAAGAUGGCGGAAUCUACAAAUGCAACAUCAAAAACGACGAAGGAGAAAUCAACGCCAACUUGAAUUUGAACAUUGAAGGAGACCGUAUAGAGGGUGAUGCGCCCACGUUUGUAGAGAAGCCAAAAAUAAUUUCUGAGGAUGACGGCAAAAGAAUCAUCAUGGAAUGCAAAGUCAAGGCCAAUCCGAAGCCGACAAUUACGUGGAUUUUAGACGGUGUCGCAAUCAAGGAAACUUCGAGGAUCGUUCAGACGGUGAAACAAGAAAAAGACGUGUACACAAUUAGACUCGAAUUGAAGAAUCCGGAACUUACUGACGCCGGUCUAUAUAAAUGUAACGUUAAGAAUGUUGCCGGAGAAAGCAAUGCUAAUCUCACCCUGAACAUUGAAUUGGCUCCCGUGAUCCGAGAAAAACCGAAAGUUAUUCGCAGGGAGAAAGAAGAGAAGGUGGUGAUCGAAUGCCACGUGAAAUCGAACGCACAGCCAGAGUGCAUCUGGUUCAAGGAAAACAGCGUGGUCAAGCAAGAUUCCAAGCACAAGGUCCAAAUUCGCAAGGUGGAGAAGGGAGAGUACGCGGUGAUGUUGGAGAUCGAGAAACCGUCGGCACAGGACAAGGGCUUGUACAAGCUGCAGGCCAAAAACGAGAAAGGUGUCAUCGCCUCGGAGCCCAUCAAAGUCACACUCGAGGAUGAACCGAAAAAACCAGAAGAAGAAAAAAAGGAAAAAGAUAAAACUGCUUUAGAAAAGAAAGAAGAGAAGAAGACAUUAGAAAAGAAAGAAGAGAAGAAGACUUUAGAAAAGAAAGAGGAAAAGAAAACGCUAGAAAGGAAAGAAGAGCAAAAAGAAACUACAAAGAAAGUUCUAGAAAAGAAGGAAGAGCAGAAAGAAGUGACGAAAAAAGUUACAGAGAAAAAGGAAGAACAAAAAGAUGUAAAGAAGACUUUGGAAAAGAAAGAAGAGCAGCAAGAGAUAAAGAAAACGACUGAAAAGAAAGAAGAACAAAAAGUUACAACUAAAACUCAGCUAGAGAAAAAAGAGGAACAAAAGCAAAUUGGCUUGAAGAAGUUAGAGCAAAAAGAAGAAGUAACAAAGAAAACGGAAGAAAAAGUUUCUGCUUUGAAAAAAGAAGAAAUUGCAAAGAAAACUGAAGUAGAGAAGAAAGAAGCAGAGAAGAAAGUUGUCGAAACACAAAAGAAGGACUCCGCUGCUAAAGUAUCUGAAACGAAAACGGAGCAAAAAGAAGUUACAAAACUUGGGACAGCAAAGGUGGAACAAAAAACGGAGGAUAUUCGGAAAGGAAUCGACAAGAAGGAAGUGGACACUAAAGUUAUGGAUAAGAAAGACAAAGAGGCAGUCCGUAAGGAAGAAGAAGAAGCAAAAUCGCCCUUCAAAAAACCAGUAAGAAAAGUGCCUCCCAAAGAAGUUGAACCUCCGAAAGAAGAAUUAGGAAAGAUAGUUCUCAAGAAAAGAACUGGAAAUCCGCCCAAGUUUACAAAACUUAUGGAAUCACUGAAUGUUAAUGUUGGAAAAUCUGCGGAGUUUACUUGCGAAAUAGAGUCAAAAGAAAGGGCCACCGUCAAUUGGUACAAGAACAAGAUCAAAAUAGACGAGCCCCGGCAUUACAAGAUCACGUUCGAAGGGAAAGUGGCUUCCCUCUUCAUACAGAGGACGACCCUGGAUUUUAGUGGCGUAUACACUUGCGAGGCCAUCAAUCAGUUUGGGAAGGAUGAAAUAUCUGCCACUCUCUUCGUCAUUGAGCCUGGCAUGAAAAUGCCAGAACUGAAGGACAUUGAGCGAGGAAAAGCUACACCUUUAGAACCAAUGCCUGUUUUCGAAGAAGCUGCUCCAGAAAAGAAAACUGCCGAGGUUAAGAAAGUUGUGAAAAAGAAGAAAAAGGUUCCCGGUAAGGCCGAUGAAGAGGAAGAAGAAGAACCUUCAAAGGUCCCCUCCAAAAAGGAGGAGGUUCCGGAAAUCGCAACAGACGAUCAAGGAGGCAAGAAAGCUGGGAGGUCUCCUGUGACCAUUGUUAAGGAGGCUACACCGGAACCUACUGUAGGGAAGGAUUCCCUGGAACCUCCAGGAGGUCCUAGCAGCAGAAGAGGCUCAGGAACAUUGUUGACUUUUACACCUCCCACUCAAAGAAGAGGGUCAAUUACACUUAUUGCUGAUGAGAAAGGGCUUCUUACGGAUGAUAAAGGAAAUGUUAAGAAGCUUAGACCAGGAGAAGUUUUGGAAGUGCGACAAAAGAGAAAGACAAGUACAGACAUGAGGAGAGCUAGCGUAUCUGAAAUCGAAGAACGCGUUGACAAACCUUCAACACCUCUUCGAAACGUUCCAGAAGAUGAGGAAUGCCCACCAACUAUUGUGGAUUACCAGGAAAAUGUAACAGCGGUUGAAGGAGCGACGGCGUAUCUGAGCGUCCAGGUGGAGGGAAACCCAGCUCCCGAGUUCCGUUUCUACAAGGGAGAAUCCGAGAUCUUCGAGGGAGGUCGUUACAAGAUCGUCACAGACGGACAGACGAAUUCCGUGUAUUUCUGCAUACGGAAAGCCAAAUCCGCCGACGAAGAUCGGUACAAGGUCGUGGCCUACAAUAAACUCGGAGAGGACAGCAUCGAAAUGAGCUUGUUCGUGUCCGAUGAGAGUGGAAUGGACUUUAGAUCCAUGCUGAAGAGAAGACAAUAUGCUAAAUGGGGACGAGGAGAUGAGGAUCCAAACUGGGGUGGACUGAAACCCGGAGAACAAGAAAGGAGACCUUCCAUUGGGGAUCUCAAAAAAGCAGAUUUUUUCGUCAAGAAGCUUGAAAACCAGCACGUGAAAGAAGGCAAGGACAAGAAGGUCCGUUUCGAGGCCGUCUUUUCUCGCAGCAAUGUCAAGGCCAAGUGGUUCAAGAACAAGCAAGAGAUCUACAUGGGGAAGCGGUACCACCUCACCGCCCAAGGAGAUCUGUACGUACUGGAGAUCAAUUUCCCGACCAUGGACGAUGAAGCAAAGUACACCAUCCAAUUAAAUGAAGCCAGCAGUUCAGCCUUCCUGGAAGUCGAUGCUCCUGAUCCCGUAUACAAAAUUAUCAAGAAAUUACCUGCCAGACUAGAGCAAUACACGACGAAGGAGGCAGUAUUGGAAUGUACUUGCAACUCUUCCAAAGCACCCGUGAAAUGGUACAAAGGCGACAAGCAAAUCGAGUCCAGUGAUAGGUACCUUUUAGAAACAGAUUCCUUCGGACAUAAGACACUCAAAAUCCAGAACUGCCGGCUCACUGAUACCGGAGAAUAUACUUGCAAAAUUAAUGAGGAGGAAAAGACUACAACUAAGCUCACUAUUACAGAGCAACAGUUUGAGUUUACACGACCUUUAAAGAGCAUGAAAGUGAUGGAGAAGGAAAAAGUAGUACUUGAGUGCGAGGUUGAUGAGUACGACGCAACUGUAAAAUGGUUUAAAGGUGACGUUGAGCUGGUCAAAAGCAAAGACAAGAAGUAUGAUAUAACGCAAGAAGGCCGUAAACGAAGAUUGAUAAUAAAGACUGCCAAACUGGCUGACGAAGGUGAAUAUACGUGUAAAACGAACGCAGAUACAACAACAGGAGAACUUAUCGUCGAACCUUCCAACAGAUUUGUCAAAAAGCUGAAGGACCAAUCAGUGGUUGAACGUGACCAAGUUAUUCUGGAGGUGGAAUUGAUGGAUAAGAAAGCUCCAGCAGAAUGGUACAAGGAUGGACAACCCAUCAAACCCGGAAAUAACAUUUCGAUCAAACCUUUGGGUGAUGGCAGGCACCAGCUCAUCAUCACCAACUGUCAAAUUGAUGACGCUGGUGAAUAUGAGUGCAGAAGCAAAGAACUCUCCACUAGCGGCAGGCUAGCUGUUGGCGAAGGUGAAAAGCCUCCCAAAAUAAGCAGAGACAAAACCGAAUUCGCAGGAGAUGCUAAUAAGCCUUUAACUGCAGAAAUUCCUUUCACAAUUCCUGGAACUAAAGUCUCGGACAUCGCGGCAAAACUGAUGAGGAAUGGCAAACCAGUGGUCAUGGGCAAGGACAUCGAGGUGACCGUGAGAAAUGACAAAGUCGUCAUCAUCUUCAGAAAACCUCCGAGGGACGCCAGCGGGGACUACGAGCUCUGCCUCUCGAAUGCCACUGGAGAGGACAAGAUGAAGCUGAAUUUCAACUUCUUAGACGUUCCGCAGCCACCACAGGGUCCUUUGGACGUGACUGAAAUCUUCCGAGACCGUUGCAAACUAUCUUGGAAGCCACCCUUGGACACUGGAGGCAUGCCUUUGAGCCACUAUAUGGUCGAGAUGCAGGAUACAGGAUCCAGAGGAGGCUGGAUUGAGAUUGGAACGUCAGAGACCCCCGAUUUUAAUGUGACUGGACUCGUCAACAAGAAGGAAUACAAAUUCCGCGUGAGGGCAGUCAACAAGAAGGGGGCUUCAGACCCGUUGGCUUGUGCUAAGCCGAUCAUCGCUAAGGAUCCUUACGAUGAGCCUUCCAAACCCGGAAAUGUGGAAGUCACUGAUUGGGACUUGGACAUGGUGGAACUUCAAUGGACCGCUCCUGAGAAAGAUGGCGGAUCUCCCAUAUCUGCUUAUGUUAUUGAAUACAAAGACAAAUUCUCCAAAGAGUGGUCCAAAGGGGCAGAAUUGCCAGCCACAGCUUUGAAAGGAAGGGUGGAAGGAUUGAAGGAAGGGGUGCAAUACGAGUUCCGAAUUAAAGCUAUCAAUAAAGCAGGACCAGGAGAACCUAGUGACCCCACGAAACCCAUUAUUGUUAAAGCCCGCUUUGUUAAACCUUUCAUUAUCGGUGACGACUUGAGGAACAUCGUCGUCAAAAAAGGACAAGUGAUCAAGUAUGACAUUAAUAUUGGAGGCGAACCCCCACCGGACAUAAAAUGGGACAUAAACGGCACGGAGAUAAGUGGUUCUAAAAGAAUUUCCAUAGAUAAAUCAGCCAGAAAUACCAUUUUGACAAUUAAAGAUGCCGAAAGAGCAGAUGGAGGGAAAUUGACGCUCACAUUAACAAAUACCGUUGGUUCUUGUUCUGCUAAUGCUGAUGUAGUAGUCUUGGACAAACCGGCUCGACCUGCCGGUCCAUUGCAGAUAUCAGAAGUGAAGGCAGAGAGGGCGGUGAUCGUUUGGGACACCCCGAAAGACACAGGUGGAAGCGAGAUCGAAGGGUACAUCAUUGAGAAGCAAGAUGCAGAGACGGGCAGGUGGAUUCCCGCCGGAGAGUGUGGACCCCACGAUCGGAAAUUCACUGUGGAACCCCUGGUUCCCAAGAAGAAAUAUAACUUCCGUGUGAAGGCCAAGAACAAAGAGGGAGAAUCCGAACCUCUCACUUCGGAUAAGCCUGUCCUUGCCAAGAAUCCGUACGAUGAACCUGAUAAACCUGGAAAACCAGAAAUUGUCGACUAUGAUAAUACUAUGGUCGACUUGAAGUGGUCAGCUCCAUCUAACGACGGUGGCGCCCCCAUCACUAACUACGUCGUUGAAAUGAAAGAUAAGCUAAGUAACGACUGGAAAGAGGUUUUGAAAACAGACAACGACAAAUGUCAAGCAAAAGUAUCCAACUUGCAAGAAAAUGCCAGCGUUCAGUUCAGGAUUAAAGCCAUCAACAAAGCUGGUCCAUCAGAGCCAAGUUCAGAAACUCCUCUACAUAUUGUCAAGCACAGAAAUCUGAAACCAUACAUUGAUCGCACCAACUUGAACAACGUAGUCAUGAAAGUGGGUCGAUCUCAUAAGUUCGAAGUCGACAUCCGGGGUGAACCACCACCGAAAGUCGUCUGGACGUUCGGAGAUGAUGUCAAGCUGUCCAACAAUGACAACAUCAAGAUCGACAACAGAGACUAUCAUUCUGACAUUUAUUUGAAUAAACUAACGCGGAAACAUUCAGGGAAAUAUGUCAUCACAGCCACCAAUACUAAUGGGAAAGACAGCGUAACGGUGGAUGUCACUGUUUUGGGCACACCAUCAAAACCGGAAGGACCACUAAAGGUAUCAGAUGUCCAUAAAGAAGGCUGCAAGUUGAAAUGGAACAAGCCCAAAGAUGACGGCGGCUUGCCCAUCAAACAAUACGAGAUUGAGAAACUCGAUAAAGAAACCGGCAGAUGGACACGGUGUGGGAAGACAGAAGAACCAGAAUUCGAAGUGACUGGAUUGACCCCUGGUAAAGAGUACUUGUUCCGUGUAGUAGCCACAAAUGAGGAAGGAGAAUCAGAACCUUUAGAGACACUGGAGCCCAUACUGGCAAAGAAUCCCUAUGACGAACCUGGAAAACCAGGAACCCCGCAGAUUGUGGACUACGACAACAUAAAAGUUGAUCUAAAAUGGGACAAGCCCAAAUCAGAUGGUGGAGCACCGAUUAGUAAAUAUAUCAUCGAGAAGAAGUUGAAGUCAAGUCCCGAGUGGGAAAAAGCCCUAGAGGUCCCUGGAACUACAUUGCAGACUGACGUGGCGGAUCUCAAAGAAAGACAGGAAUACCAGUUCCGGGUAAUUGCCGUGAAUAAAGCUGGUCCCAGUGAACCCAGCGAUGCCACCAAGAUGCAUCUUGUUAAACACAGAAGACUGAAACCAUAUAUUGACCGAAGUAAUUUGGACACGAUCACUGUGAAGAAAGGUAAAGUGAUUAAACUAGAAGUGAACGUCAGAGGAGAACCACCCCCGACAAUUACAUGGAAAAUUAAAGAUAAAGUGGUAAAGACAGCCGACAACGUGGAGGUCGUGAGUGAAGAUUAUAAGACUCGAAUCACUAUCAAUGAUGCCCAACGUAAGGAUACUGCGUUGUACACCAUCUUUGCCGAAAAUGAAGUCGGAAAAGAUCAAGCUGAUGUAGAAUUUGUUGUGUUGGCUGCUCCUAGCAGACCAACAGGUCCUCUGAAAGUCAGCGAUGUCACAGCCAAGGGCUGCAAACUUAAAUGGUCCAAACCCGAAGAUGACGGCGGUAAACCGAUAGCAGGUUACGCAGUGGAAAAGUUGGAUACUUCCACAGGAAACUGGGUGCCCGUUGGACGAACGGAUGUGCCAGAAAUGGACGUAACAGGACUCACACCUGGGAAAGAAUAUCAAUUCCGAGUCAAGGCCAUCAAUCCCGAAGGAGAAUCGGAGCCGCUGGUCACUGACAGGUCUACGCUCGCCAAGAAUCCUUAUGACGAACCAGGUGCACCAGGAACUCCAGAAAUUGUGGACUGGGACGAAAACCACGUCGACCUCAAAUGGACUCCGCCGAAGAACGACGGUGGAGCCCCUAUCACUGGAUACAUAGUGGAGAAGAAGGAACGCUAUGGACCAGGCUGGGAACCAUGCUUGACGACGCAGGGUCCUAAACCAGAAGGGAAAGUCCCAGAUUUGACCUAUGGUAACAAUUACCAGUUCCGUGUCCGAGCCGUCAACAAAGCUGGACCCGGGGAACCCAGUGAACCAACUAAGUCACAUACUGCUAAGCCACGAUACUUGGCACCAAAAAUCGUUCGUGACAACAUGCAGCAGACAGUGGUGCGAGCGGGACAGAGUGUCAAACUGGACGUUGAAGUCAUUGGUGAGCCUGCUCCGACUUGCACUUGGACUUUUGCCGGAAAACCACUACAGGGAGAGUCCGUCAAAGUUGACAAUGAAGAGUAUAUGACUCAUCUGAACAUCAAAAAUGGAGUACGGAAACAGUCCGGUAAAUACAAAUUGACAGCCGUUAACAGUUCCGGAAAAGACGAGGAGGAAGUGGAGAUUGUAUUUUUGGACAAACCAUCCAAACCGGAGGGUCCUUUGGAAGUGUCAGAUGUCCAUGCCGAAGGUUGCAAACUCAGUUGGAACAAGCCAAAAGAUGACGGUGGAUCCCCUAUCACUGGAUACCUCGUUGAAAGAAUGGAUCCUGCAACGGGAAGAUGGAUCCCAGCAGGAAGAGCAGACAAGGACAAGACAGAGAUUCCCAUCUCGGGUCUGGAUCCAGGCAAAAAGUACAACUUCAGGGUCAAAGCCAUCAAUGACGAAGGGGAAUCGGAGCCACUGGAGACAGAGCGAGCAACGUUGGCGAAGAAUCCUUAUGACGAACCAGGCGCACCCGGUAUGCCCGAAAUCAAAGACUACGACACAGAUUUUGUGCAGCUACGCUGGGACCCGCCCAUUCGUGACGGAGGAGCCCCCAUUACAGGCUACAUCGUCGAGAAAAAGGACAAAUACAGUCCAGAUUGGGUGCCCGUCAAGGAAGUGGAGGGAAACAUUCCCCAGGCCAAGGUAACCGGACUGAACGAAGGGGACAAGUACGAGUUCAGAGUCCGGGCAGUCAACAAGGCCGGUCCAGGAGAGCCCAGCCAAUCCACAUCACCACAUUUGGCGAAACCUAAGAACCUGAAGCCCAGGAUCGACAGAACUAAUUUGAAGAACAUUAUCAUCAAAGUAGGGCAAAUGGUCAACUUUGAUGUGGAUAUCAUUGGAGAACCGCCACCUAAAGUGCAGUGGCGUUUUGGGCCAAAGAACAUUGAAGACUGUGACCUGUACCAAAUAAAUAACGUAGAUUACAACAGCAAGUUCUGUUUGCCGAAAGCAACAAGGAAAGAUACGGGAAAGUACUACAUUACCGCAACCAAUGAGUCCGGAAGUGACGAAGCGGAAGUAGAAAUUACUGUUUUGGGUAAGCCCAUGCGUCCAAACGGUCCUUUGGAGGUCUCUGACGUCACCAAAGAGGGAUGCAAUUUGAAGUGGAAAAAACCAGACGAUGAUGGAGGCUCUCCGAUUGAGUAUUAUGAAGUUGAAAAGAUGGACUGUGAGACUGGCCUGUGGGUGCCUGCCGGUCGUUCCACCGAACCUAAAUUUGACGUCAAAAACCUGGUGCCUGGCAAGAACUAUAAAUUCCGUGUAAGAGCUGUCAAUAAGGAAGGAGACUCUGACGAAUUGCAAACAGAAAAAUCAACUUUGGCCAAGAAUCCUUUCGAUGAACCAGGUAAACCUGGAAGACCUGAGCCGACAGAUUGGGAUAACGAUCACGUGGACCUAAAAUGGACCGCACCACAAUCUGAUGGCGGCGCCCCCAUUACUGGUUAUGUAAUAGAAAAGAAAAAGAAAGGAACUUAUAAAUGGCACAAAGCGAAGGAAACUGCUGGACCUGUCACCAAUGCUACUGUGCCCGACCUGGAGGAGCGAGAGGAAUAUGAGUUUAGAGUGAUCGCGGUCAACAAAGCUGGUCCUAGUGAACCUAGCGAUCCAUCUAGGACAGUCAUAGCUAAACCAAGAUCAUUGGCUCCAAGAAUCGAUAGGACCAACCUCCAAAAUCUGGUCAUCAAGGCAGGAAAUGUUAUCAAACUGGAUGCGGACGUUAAGGGAGAACCACCACCGAAAAUCACUUGGUCAUUUAAAGGACAACCUAUAGUUUCUGGCGAGAAAAUCAAAAUUGACAAUGAAGAAUAUCAUACGCUCUUCAUCCUAACGAAGACACAACGAUCGGACACUGGCAAAUAUACAGUUACUGCUGUGAACGAUGCUGGUAAAGAUGAAGUCGAAGUGGAAAUUACAGUUUUAGGUAAACCAAGCAAACCUAAAGGACCGUUAGAAGUUUCGGAUGUUCAUGCGGAAGGUUGCAAGCUCAAAUGGGACAAACCGGAAGACGACGGGGGUCAGCCCAUCAAGGAGUACGUCGUCGAAAAAAUGGACACAGACACCGGAAGGUGGAUUCCAGUCACAACAACGAGGGAACCAGGAGCAGAAAUUUCUGGUUUAAUACCUGGAAAAGAGUAUAAGUUCCGAGUGAAGGCGGUAAACCCAGAGGGCGAGUCCGAACCUCUGGAAACAUCCACUGGAACGGUUGCCAAGAAUCCCUUUGAGGAACCAGGAAAACCAGGCAAGCCAACUGCGAAAGACUGGGGCAAGCAUUACGUAGAUCUUGCCUGGACACCACCUGAGAGUGAUGGCGGAGCCCCCAUCAACAGUUAUGUGAUCGAAAAGAAGGACAAGUACAGCACGAAGUGGCAGAAGGCAACCGAAACCAUUGGGGACAAGCCUGAAGCUCGAGUUUCAGACCUCAUCGAGGGCAUGGAAUACCAGUUUAGGGUUCGGGCCGUCAACAAGGCAGGACCGAGUGAGCCCAGUGAUCCUAGCUCACCUGUUAUUGCAAAGCCACGUUUCUUGGCUCCUCAAAUAUCCGGCCUGAAGGAUCUGACAGUGCGCGCAGGCCAGACAAUCCGUUUCGAUGCCAAGGUAAUCGGCGAGCCACCUCCGAAGAAGAUGUGGUUCUUAGAGAAGCAGCAGCUGAAGACGGAGGGCCGGAUGACGCUGGAGAUGGAAGAGUACCGGACCAAGUUGGUCAUAAACACGACCGAGAGGAAGGACAGCGGAGAAUAUCGGCUCUGCGUCGAGAACGCGUCCGGGAAAGACGAAGCAACUGUUUCCUUGCUCGUUUUGGACAAACCCGGUAAACCCAAAGGACCUUUAGAAGUUUCUGACGUCCACGCUGAAGGAUGCAAAUUGAAAUGGAAAGAGCCAGAAGACGACGGGGGAACUCCCAUUGAACACUACGCCGUAGAAAAGAUGGACAUGGGCACGGGGAGAUGGGUUCCCGCAGGCCGAAACAGCAAGCCUGAGCUUAGCCUUUCGAAUCUUAUACCUGGACAAGAGUACAAAUUCCGUGUGAUGGCAGUUAACGCCGAGGGUGAAUCUACUCCUCUGGAAGGUGAAAAAACAGUGGUUGCUAAAAAUCCUUACGAUCCUCCCGGAAAACCUGGAAUUCCCGAGCCAUCCGAUUGGGACAAGGAAUGGAUCGACCUCAAGUGGACCAAACCUAUGAAAGACGGUGGAUCACCAAUCACUGGGUACCUCAUCGAGAAGAAGGAGAAAGACUCUUCGACGUGGUCGAAGGCUGCGCAGAUUGACAAGCCCGUGCUCGAAGGCAGGGUGGAGAAUCUUGUUCCAGGGGAGAGUUAUCAGUACAGAGUUCGAGCCCUCAAUGCCGCUGGUCCCGGGGAGCCCAGCGAUGCUACCAAGGCCAUAGAAGCAAAACCGAGGAAGAUGCCUCCAAGAAUUGACCGCAGAACUCUGAAACCAAUAACAAUCAGAGCAGGACAGCCAUUCAACUUAGACGUCAAGAUUGCCGGAGAACCAGCACCUACCGUCCGUUGGAUGUUGAAAAAUGAACCCGUCCAAGAAAGAUUCGACUUCACUAUUACCAAUGUGCCUUACAAUUCCAAAAUUGACUGCCAGAAGGCAGAGCGGAAAGACAACGGCAUUUACAAAAUCUUCGCUAAUAACCAGCAUGGGCAAGAUCAAGCUGAAGUCGAAAUUACAGUUCUGUCUAGGGCAUCCAAACCAGAGGGUCCACUGGAAGUAUCAGAUGUCACGAAAGACAGUUGCAAACUUAAGUGGAAUAAACCAAAAGAUGAUGGGGGUCAUCCUCUGGAAGGAUACUUGGUGGAAAAACAAGAUCCUGAAUCCGGAAAUUGGGUUCCCGUUGGUCGGACACAUAACCCGGAAAUGGACAUUACUGGACUUACCCCUGGAAAAGCUUACAACUUCCGGGUAAAGGCUCUCAAUCCGGAAGGAGAGUCCGAUCCAUUGGAAACAUACACUCCUGUUAUAGCCAAAGAUCCGUUCAAGGAAUCGGGUGCUCCUGGAAAACCGGAGGUUACAGACUGGAGCAAAGAUCAUGCUGAUCUGAAGUGGACACCACCAGAUAAUGACGGCGGGGCGCCUAUCACAGCCUACGUGGUUGAGAAAAAGGAGAAAGGAAAACCGUGGGAGAAAGCUCUGGAGGUACCAGGAGACAAGCAAAAAGCUACCGUGCCACAUCUCGAAGAAGGAAAGGAAUACGAGUUUAGAGUGGUGCCUAUUAAUAAAGCUGGUCCUGGAGAACCAAGUGAUCCUUCUCAAUCUAUCAUUGCAAAGCCAAGAUUUUUGAGGCCCAGCAUUGACAGAACUAUGUUCGAUGACCUGACGAUUCGCGCCGGACAGCCAAUCAAAUUCGAUGUGAAUGUUUCUGGAGAGCCUGCCCCUACUAUCACGUGGCUUUUUAAUGACAAAGAUUUGAAGAGCGAGACAAGGACUACAGUGGAGAACGUGCCCUACAACACAAAGUUGACCAUGAGAAAAGUGACCAGGGCCGAUUGCGGCAAAUAUACCAUCAAUGCUGUUAACGAGAGUGGCAAAGACACUGCAUCCGUCACAGUUCUGGUCAUUGAUGCUCCAUUAGCUCCGGAAGGUCCUCUUGAAGUGUCGGAUGUGCAUAAAGACGGCUGCAAGUUAAAGUGGAAGAAGCCAAAAGACGACGGAGGCACUCCAAUACAAUGUUACGAAGUAGAGAAAAUGGAUCCCGAAACGGGCACGUGGUUGCCCGUGGGGAAAACCAAAGAACCAGCAAUGGAUGUUACUGGUCUCACUCCUGGGAAAGACUUCAAGUUUAGAGUUAGAGCGGUCAACAAAGAAGGUGAAUCUAAUCCACUGGAGACAACGAAGCCUAUAACUGCGAAGAAUCCUUUCGACGAACCAGGCAAGCCGAGCAAACCCGAAGUGACCGACUGGGACAAAGACCACGUGGAUCUAAAAUGGACUCCUCCCGUUUCGGAUGGUGGAUCUCCUGUGACAGGUUACAUUGUUGAGAAGAAGGACAAGUGGGGUGACUGGGAAAAAGCCGUGGAAGUUCCUGCAGAAGAGACCAAAGCGACUGUACCCGAUUUGCUUCAAGGACAACCUUACGAAUUCAGAGUUCGGGCGGUCAAUAAGGCUGGACCUGGCGAACCGAGCGAAGCAACCGAUCCCGUCAUUGCUAAAUCGAGAAAAGUUCCACCAAAAAUCGAUCGAACGAAUCUCACAAAGGUUCGGGUCAAAGCCGGUCAAUCUUUUAACUUCGAUGUGAAUGUGAGCGGGGAACCAGCUCCGACUACCUCAUGGCUGUUGAAUGGGAAGAAGUUCCUCACUGGAGAUAAAAUUAAGCUGGAGGACGUACCUUAUAACACGAAGCUCAGCGCAAAACACGCCAGAAGAUCGGACAGUGGGAAAUACACCAUCGUCGCUACGAAUGAGCAUGGAAAGGAUGAAGCUGAAGUGGAAGUUAUAGUACUUGAUCACCCCUCGCCUCCCAACGGUCCUCUCAAGGUAGAGGACGUCCACGCGGAAGGCUGUAAUCUCAAGUGGUUCCCGCCUUCGGAUGAUGGCGGUGUUCCCGUCGACCACUACGAGGUUGAGAAGAUGGACCCCACGACCGGACAGUGGGUUCCUGCUGGCGAAACCAUUGGAUCGGACACUAGUCUCAAGCUAAAAGGUUUGCAACCAGGAAAGCCAUACAAAUUCAGAGUAAAAGCUGUUAAUCGACUCGGAGAAUCAGAACCUUUAGAAGCAACAAAACCUAUCAUUGCGAAGAAUCCUUAUGAUCCUCCGUCUGCACCGGGCCAACCCGAAAUAGCCGACUACGACAAAGAUUUCGUCACUCUCAAGUGGAAGAAGCCAAAGGAUGACGGAGGCUCUCCAAUUACUGGAUAUGUCAUUGAGAAGAAAGACAAAUACAACCCUGACUGGACGCCUAUUCAAGACGUUCCAGGAGAUGAGGAACGUGCAACAAUUCCCGACUUAGUGGAAGGCAACCAGUACGAGUUCCGUGUUCGUGCUGUCAACAAAGCUGGUACCAGUGAACCAAGUGACGCAACAGCUCCUCAUAUUGCCAAACACAAGAAGCUGCCACCAAAGAUUGACCGAAAUGCAAUGUUCAAUAUUCGUGUCAAGGAGGGUAAGACAUUUGAGCUUGACGUACCUGUCAGUGGUGAACCACCUCCGACCAAGAAGUGGAAUUUGGGAACCAAAGAUUGCUCCACGAUGACCCGGUGGACAGUUGUUCAUGAGGACUAUAGCACAAAGUUGUCGGUCAGAAACGCAGAAAGAGGAGACAGUGGUCAACUUACACUCACUGCCAGGAACAUGCAUGGAAACGAUUCUGCAACAAUCACGGUUACAGUGUUGGCACCUCCUACUGCACCAGAAGGCAUGGCGAUCUCCAAUGUAACCAAAGAGGGUUGUCAAGUGGCAUGGCGUCCACCCAAAGACGAUGGCGGAUCGGACAUUUCUCACUACGUGGUGGAGAAGAAGGACGCCGAGACUGGCAAGUGGCUCCCCGUGGGCGAAACCAUCAACCCCAUGAUUCGAGCAGAUAAACUCAUAGAAGGACACGAAUACAAUUUCAGGGUGAAGGCCGUGAAUAAAGAAGGAGAGUCUCCAUGGUUGUUCGGAAAAGAAGCCAUUGUUGCCAAAAACCCCUUCGAUCCACCGGAUAAACCUGGAGCUCCUCAAGUGGUUGAUUGGGAUAGCGAUCACGUGGAUGUAGCUUGGAACCCGCCUCGAAGGGAUGGAGGAGCACCCAUUACUGGCUACAUCAUCGAGAAGAAGCCCAAGAACAGCCCCGUGUGGGAGGAAGCUGCCAGGGUGAACGGUGCAGACCAAACUAGGGCCACAGUUCCCGCCCUCAAAGAGGGAGAGGAAUUGGAAUUCCGUGUCAUAGCUGUCAACAAGGCAGGACAAAGCGAACCGAGCGAGCCUUGCGUACCUUUCGUGGUUAAACCCAAGUAUCUGACACCGAGCUUGGAUACAUCUCUACUGCGCGAUUUAAAAGUAAGGGUUGGUCGCCCUAUCAACUACAUAAUACCCAUCAAAGGAGAACCCACUCCAACUGUGACUUGGACCAUUAACGGUAAACCUGCAGUCGCAAAGCGAAUCGAAAUUACAAGCACAAGCUCUCAAACCACCUUGGACAUCACCAAUUCCGAAAGAUCUGACUCUGGGAAAUACACACUCACCUUGCAAAACACCUCAGGCGUCGUGUCUGCUACAGCGAAUGUUACAGUCAUGGAUCGACCCACUCCACCUGAAGGUCCUUUAAGCAUAUCAGAUGUCUGCAAAGAUUCCGCGUCCUUGAGCUGGAAGGCCUCCAAAGACGACGGUGGUACUCCCAUCAAACACUACUUGGUAGAGAAGAUGGAUACUUCCCGCGGUACCUGGACCGAAGUCGGAACCACCCCUGACCUCAAAUUUAAAGUUCCCAAGCUCAUCUACAAAAAGAGGUACCAAUUCAGGGUUAAAGCUGUGAACGAAGUUGGUGAGUCAGAUCCUCUCGAAACGAAGGAAGUUAUUGUUGCCAAAGAUGCUUUCGAACCACCUCAAUCCCCAAGCAAACCGCAGGUAACAGAUUACGACAAGGACAAAGUGGAUCUUUCGUGGACAGCUCCAAAAGACACCGGUGGUGCUCCUCUGACGGGAUACAUCAUCCAAAAGAAGGAACGGGGCUCCCCUGUGUGGACCAAAGCUGCCGACGUUCCUGCUUCGCAGACAAAAGCUACUGUUCCUGGGCUGACAGAAGGCAACGACUAUGAAUUCAGAGUCAUUGCUGCUAAUAAGGCUGGUGAGAGUGAGCCGAGUGAACCGUCUGAUUUCGUGACGGCCAAACCAAAAUUCUUGGCUCCCAAGAUUACCACUCCCAUGCGUGAAAUGAAAGUUCGCGGAGGUUUGACACUGACGGCGGACAUUAAAUUCGUUGGCGAGCCAGCUCCCGAAGUGGAAUGGACAUUGCACGGAAAACCUGUCGUCACGGAGGACAGAGUGACCAUUUCGAAUUUCAGUGACCACACCAUUCUCAACAUUAUCGAUGCAAAGAGGACAGAUUCGGGACCUUACGUAUUGACGAUCAAGAAUGCCCACGGUAAAGACAGCGGUAUCCUCGAUGUCAAUGUAUUAGACAAACCCGGGCCACCACAAGGUCCACUUAACAUCGACGAAGUUGACAAAGACCGAGUGAAAUUGGCGUGGAAACCACCCAAGGAUGACGGUGGCAGUCCUUUGACUGGCUACAUUAUUGAGAAGAGGGACAAGACUCGCGGAGGCAGCUGGCUCCCGGCCGUUGCCUUUGUCAACCCCACCAGCCACAACUGUGUUGUGCCCAAACUAACGGAAGGUACUGAGUACGAGUUUCGUAUCAUGGCUCAGAAUGCAAAUGGCAUUUCUGAACCGCUGACCACGGACAAGCCUGUCGUCGCCAAAAGUCCAUAUGGUGUUCCAGGCAGACCAGGACAGCCAGAACCGGUGGAUUAUGAUCGCGACUUCAUCAAGUUGAAAUGGGAUCCUCCUAGGUCGAAUGGUGGUUCACCUAUCAUUGGGUACGACAUUGAAAGGAAAGACAAGAAGUCAAACCGAUGGGUUAAAGUGAACAAGCACCCAACACCGAGCUGUACAUUUGUAGAUGACACAGUUACUGACGGACACCAAUACGAAUAUAGAAUAACAGCACGAAAUGCUGCCGGAGCGGGACAGCCCAGUGAAGCGUCCAAGCCAAUUAUAGCCAAACCUAUGAAAGAAAAGCCAAAACUGCACUUGGACGGCCUCUAUGGCAAGGUCAUACGUGUCAAGGCUGGUGAUCCUUUGCGCAUCAACGUGCCCCUGACAGGUGCUCCAACACCCACAACCACUUGGACAAUGAAUGACAAGCCUCUUCCAUUGGUCAAUCGCAUUCAGACUGAAUCUGGAGAUGACAGCGUGGGGCUCUCCAUACCCGUGACCCAGAGAUCAGAUAGUGGAAAGUACACCAUCACAGCAAAGAAUGCACAUGGAGAAGAUUCUGCUGACGUCACAGUUCUGGUCUAUGAUAAACCUGGUGCUCCUAAAAAUAUAGAAUAUCCAGAAGUCACCGCUAAUUCUAUCACCCUGAAAUGGAAGAAACCUGAUGACGAUGGAGGAUCAGAUAUUACCGGAUACCAGGUGGAGAAAUGCGAGGUGGGCGUCGAGCGCUGGAUGCCGGUCACUUCAUUCUGCCCCACCCCUACCUGCAUCGUUAGGAAUUUGGAAGAAGGGAAGCAAUACCGAUUCAGAAUUCGGGCUGAAAAUAUGUAUGGCGUCAGCGACCCAUUGGAAGGAAAGCCCGUUUACGCCAAGAAUCCGUUUGAUACGCCAGAAGCACCGGGACAACCAAAGGUCAAAGAUUUCGGUCCAAACUUUGCCAACAUUUCAUGGACGCCUCCGACCAGCGAUGGCGGAAAGCCUAUUACAGGUUACAUAAUUGAAAAGCGAGAGCGAGGUAAUCCUGAUUGGUACAAGGUAAAUUCUUUCCCAACUCCCCACACGGAAUUCAAUGUGCCGAAUCUCAACGAGGGCAAGACCUACGAGUUCAGAGUCACUGCUGUCAAUGAGGGUGGACCAGGGAAGCCCAGUAAACCGUCUAACCCAAUUACUGCCAAAGAGCAAAAGUUUGCUCCGAGCGCUCCGGACAUGCCUCGAGUGGACAAAGUGACCAAGAAUUCGGUCACUCUCUCCUGGAGCAAACCUCUGCAUGAUGGUGGAAGCAAAAUUCAAGGCUAUCUCAUUGAAAAGAAGCCAAAGGGUGCUAAGGAGUGGGAUAUCAUUAAUAAUGUUCCUCAUCCGGACACGACUUUUACGGUUCCGAACCUUACGGAAGGUGAAGAGUACGAGUUCAGAGUGAUAGCCGUUAACGAUAUUGGAGAUAGUCCGCCCAGCAAACCGUGUGCCCUCGUCAAAGUUGAAGACCAACCAGAUAAACCAAGAAUUGACGCUGGUGCCCUGAAAGACAUCACUGUAAAAGCCGGACAGGAAUUCAGUCUCACGGCUCCAUUUUCCGGGUUUCCAAAACCGAAUGCCAUCUGGUCGAGGAAUGAGAUUGAUCUCGAUGACAAGGAUCCGAGAUGCUUUUUCAAAGUGGGAGAUGACUAUGCUGUUCUUGGUAUUUCGAACGCAAAACGAUCAGAUUCCGGCCAGUACAAACUAUUCCUGAAAAACAUUUCCGGUUUUGACACAUGCUACUGCAAAGUGACAGUUUUAGAUCGUCCUGGUCCUCCGGAGAAUCUUCGCGCCGAAGAAGUCGAAGGGGACUCUUUGACCCUGAAGUGGAAUCCACCCAAGGAUGAUGGUGGUGCAGAAGUGAGCAACUACAUUGUAGAGAAGCGGGAGAAAGGCACGAGCAUUUGGUCCAGAGUGAGCAGCUUUGUUACUGGUACUGCCACCAGGGUUCGCAAUCUCAUUGUUGGCAAGCAGUAUGAGUUUAGGGUUAUGGCUGAGAACUUAUACGGGACGAGUGAUCCCUGCACCAUGGAGCCCAUCUACGCAAAACUGCCUUACAAUCCUCCUGGUGCACCAGGAAUUCCACAUUCUGUCGAAACUAGUACAGACUCAAUCACCCUGUCUUGGACAAAACCCAGGACCGAUGGUGGAAGCCCAAUAACAGGAUACGUCCUUGAAAAGCGAAAGAUUGGCGAUAACAAAUGGGUUAGAGCAACAAAUGUAACAAUACCAGACUUGACCUACCGUGUGCCAGGUCUUCAGGAAAAUCAAGAAUACGAGUUUAGAGUAGCUGCUUGCAAUGCUGCUGGGCAAGGACCUUGGAGUUCAAAUUCCGACGGAAUUGUGGCUAGGAUGCCACCUUGUCCACCGAAGAUGGAUACAAGCUUUGCCAUGAGGGAUUUGACUAUUCCAGCUGGUGAACCAUUUACCAUUCGUGUACCAUACAUCGGUAGCCCACCACCUAAAGCAACAUGGACAGUCAAUCAAAACGAGAUCAGACAAGACGAUCGCGUAACCAUGGAGGUUGGUGAUGAAUUCGUCGUCUUAAUUAACCACAAGAGCAAAAGAGAAGAUUCCGGACGUUAUACUUUGAAACUGGCAAACUCACAAGGUUCUGAUUCUGCUUCUUGUAAAGUAACAGUCGUCGAUAAGCCUGGGCCACCCCAAGGACCUCUAGAAAUCUCAGACAUUACUCCGGAAAACUGCUCAUUGUCAUGGAAACCACCUGCGGAUGAUGGCGGUAGUCCGGUAACUAACUAUGUGGUUGAAAAACUAGAUCCAGCCUUGAAUGCAUGGAUGAAAGUCAGCAGCUAUGUCCGCGGCUGCCAUUAUGACGUCAUUGGCUUGGAACCCAAUAAGAAGUACAGUUUCCGAGUUUGCGCCGAAAAUCAAUACGGCGUUGGACCACCACUGACAUCGGAGAAGCCAAUUAUUGCUAAAUUCCCCUUCGAUGUUCCCAGUGCACCAGGGACACCUCAAAUUACGGAUUCUGAUGAGAGUAGUGUAAAUCUGAUUUGGGAGAGACCCAAGAGUGACGGUGGCUCCAAGAUCCAGGGCUACCAGGUUGAGUACAGGGAUCCGAGGGAUGGAAGGUGGAAGCCAGCAUCCGAACAGCUCGUCAAGGACACUUCUUUCAGAGUACCAAACUUGAGUGAGAAUGUGGACUAUGAAUUCCGUGUGAAAGCCAAAAAUGCUGCAGGUUUCAGCACUCCAAGCAAACCAACAUCUUCAUUUAGACUCAAGACCAAAUCAAAUGUACCAUCUCCUCCUCUGAAUGUGAGACCAGGAAAGAUAGGAAAAUCCUAUAUCGAUCUGAAAUGGGACAAGCCAAGAACAGACGGAGGAAGCAAGAUCACAGGUUACGUAGUUGAACGCAAGGAAAGGAACAGCAAUGUUUGGAUUCGUGCCAACGACUACAUAUGUCCAGAUUGUGAGUACACAGUCCUCAAUCUUAUGGAAUUUCAUGACUACGAAUUCCGCGUCUUUGCCGUGAACGCUGCAGGAAAAAGCGACCCCAGCGCCGCCACGAUGCCAAUCAAGGUGACGGAGGUUGCUGAUGGCUUGAAACCUGAGUUUAUCAGGCCUUUAUCGAAUAAGAGUUGCAACUUGAAAAAGGCCAUUGCUCUGGAGUGUGAAGGCGUAGGAAAACCAUUCCCAACAGCCCGAUGGUUCAAGAAUGGGCGUGAAAUCCAUCCCGCCGGCCGCAUCACUCAGAAGGACAUGGACACUGGCAUCUUUAAGCUGGUCUUCUCUGAACUGUGGGACACGGACGAGGGAGAGUACACGUGCGAGCUCAGUAACAGUCUCGGCUCAGUCAAGUGCUCUGCAAAACUCAGCAUUGCCGCUGCACCGAAAAUCGAAAGAUGCCCGAAUGAAGUAUCUUUCCCCGAACACGACAACGGCAAGAUCAAAAUCUUCUUCUCCGGCACAGGUCCUUUCGACGUCCAACUCUUCAAAGACGGCUUGGAAGUCAAAGAGGACAAACAUCUCAAGUACACGGUGUUUGACGAUUACGUCAUCAUUUACUUGAGGGAAGCCUUGAAAACGGACGAAGGGAAGUACAAGCUCGUUGUGAAGAACGAUAGUGGUCAAGCUGAUGGCUGCUUCGCCUUAACAGUAACAGGACUGCCCGGUCCACCCCAAGGUCCCCUGGAGGUGUCUGACAUCACCCAGCACACAGCUACUAUCAGCUGGAGGCCGCCUUUGCACGAUGGAGGCAGCAAGAUUACCAACUACGUCGUAGAAAGAAAAGAAACAAGUCACAGCCAAUGGGUUGUAGCCUCAAGCUACUGCAGAGAAUUAGUUUUCACUGCUCAGGGACUCACAGAAGGAGGUGAAUACCUCUUCCGAGUGAUGGCCGUCAACGAAAAUGGACAAAGUCUUCCACUCGAAGGGACUAAUCCAAUUAUUGCUAAAUUGCCGUAUGAUAAGCCAAGUGCUCCUGGCGUUCCCACAGUCACCGAAGUCGGUGGAGACUUCGUGAAUCUCUCUUGGGAAAAACCGGAGAGUGACGGAGGAAGCCGCAUUCAAGGAUACUGGGUGGAGAAGCGGGAGGUGGGAACGUUGGCGUGGCAGCGCGUGAGCCCCGCCCUCUCCAUCACCACCCAGAUCAACAUUUCCAAUCUGAUCGAGGACAGACAGUACGAGUUCAGGGUGUUUGCGGUCAACGAGGCCGGAAUGAGCCCUCCUUCAUCAAAUUCAACGUCAGUCAAGAUCAGAGAUCCCAAUGCUGCCGUUCCGCCUGAAUUUGUCAUUCCUCUGAGGAACACAAUGGCUGUGCAGAACAAAAGUGCUCAGUUCACUUGCAAGGUUUCUGGGAACCCAAAACCGCAAGUUGUCUGGUACAAGGGCACGAGGGAAUUGAUGGAUGGUGGAAAGUACACGAUGCUGAAGGACGGCGACACCUACUCUUUGGUCAUCAGUGAAGUGUAUGGAGAAGACGCCGACGAGUAUGCUUGCAGAGCAACCAACAAGGGUGGAUCCCGAACAUCCAGAGCAGAACUUUUCAUCAAAACUGCUCCACACAUUUACGUCCCUCCCCGCUUCCGGGAGCUGGCCUGCUUCGAAAAAGGAGAGAACGUCACCUUGAAGAUCCCGUUCACCGGAUACCCGAAACCGAAGAUCAAGUGGUCGAAGGAGGGUGAAGAGAUCGAGAGCGGCAUGAAAUACGACGUGGCCGUUGGGGAAAGACACGCUAUACUCACCAUACGGGACGUGCAGAAGUACGACAAUGGACCAUACAGAAUUGUUGCUGAAAAUGAACUUGGUGUGGAUUCAGCCAUUAUCAAAGUACAGAUAAAUGAUAAGCCUGAUCCACCCCGUUUCCCAGUCGUUGAGAGUGUUUGUGACGAUUUCGUCACAUUAUCAUGGAAGCCUCCUCUCUGGGAUGGUGGCAGCCACGUGAGCAGCUACUUGGUUGAGAAGCAAGAAUGUCCAAUGACCAGCUGGAUCCGUUGCGGAAAUACCAGAUUCACAUACCACACAAUAUCGGGUUUGAACCCUGGGAAAGAUUAUGUGUUCAGAAUUUAUGCGGAGAAUAUUUACGGAAGAAGCGAUCCCAGUGAACCCACACAGCUCAUUACCACCAAGCUAAAAGAAAAAGAUGCCGCUAGAAGAAAACACAUAAUGUUGGAUGCCCAGGGUAGACGUGUACGUGGAAAAUCGGAAGGAAAAAUUAGGAACUAUGACCAGUUUGUGUUCGACGUUUUUGACAAGUACAUCGCACAACCAGUUGACAUAAAAACGUCAAAUGUCUACGACAAAUACGACAUACUAGAAGAAAUUGGAACGGGUGCUUUCGGUGUGGUCCACCGUUGCAGGGAGCGUAAGACCGGCAACAUCUUUGCCGCCAAAUUCAUUCCGGUCAACCACCCUCUGGAAAAGUCCCUCAUCAAGAAGGAAAUCGACGUCAUGAACCACCUGCAUCAUCCCAAACUGGUGCAUCUACACGACGCAUUCGAAGACGACGAUGAGAUGGUGCUUAUUUACGAAUUCAUGGCUGGUGGUGAAUUGUUCGAGAAAAUCACAGACGACAACUACAACAUGUCCGAAGCUGAAGUCAUCAACUACAUGAGGCAAAUAUGCGAAGGAAUGAAACACAUGCACGAGAAAAACAUCAUACACUUGGACAUCAAGCCAGAAAACAUCAUGUGCCAGACGAAGACGGGCAACGCCAUCAAGUUGAUCGACUUCGGCCUGGCGACGAAGCUCGACCCCAACGAAGUGGUCAAGAUUUCGACCGGCACCGCGGAGUUCGCAGCCCCGGAGAUCGUUGACCGCCAGGCAGUCGGUUUUUACACCGAUAUGUGGGCUGUUGGUGUACUCGCUUACGUUCUAUUGAGUGGUCUUUCACCUUUCGCUGGAGACAAUGACGUCGAAACGUUGAAAAACGUUCGUGCCUGUGACUGGGAAUUCGAUGACGAAGCGUUUGCUCACAUUUCCAAUGAGGGCAAAGAUUUCAUCAGCAAACUCUUGGUGCGCAACAAGGACAAGAGGAUGACCGCCCACGAGUGUCUAGAACAUCCAUGGCUGAAGGGAGACUUGACUCAUGAUACCAAAGUUCGCAUUCCAAGCAGAAGAUACGUCAAGUUCAGGGACGGCAUGCGGGAAAGAUACGCCGAUUCCUGGAAUAACUGUUUACUACCAUUUGGUCACAUUGCAAACUACAGUUCCUUACGAAAGCUACAGCAAGAAAAGUACAAAAUUCACGAUUUCUAUUUUGAUCGUUUGCAAGCCGCUCCUCGUUUCGUCAUCCGUCCCCAGAGCACGUUCUGCUACGAAGGACAGAGUGCCAAGUUCUUCUGCAGAGUCACAGCACCAGCACCACCCACGGUGUCUUGGUACCGCGACAGUGGCGAGCUGAGGCAGAGCGUGAAGCACAUGAAGAGGUACGAGGGCAACGACUACUACUUCGUCAUCAAUCGCUGCAGACUGGAUGACAGAGGGGAGUACAUCAUCAAAGCAGAAAACCACUACGGCACCAGGGAGGAACCAGUCUUCCUCAACGUGCACUCUGUUCCUAUUGACAUUCCAAAGGUUGUUCUUGAUGAACCAGUAAGGAAACGGCAGGACUUAGGGCCCAGUAUAACGUACGAAGAGCCGAAGGAUUGUCCGCCUCUGUUCACCUUCCUUCUCAGGCCUCGAGUCAUCCAAGUGGGAAUCGGGGUUAAACUUCUUGCCUGUGUCUCCGGAAAGCCCUUGCCAGACAUCCGAUGGUUCAAGGAUGGCCGGGAAGUGGGCAAGCACAUGUACAGUGUUUCAUUCAACGACGGUGUCGUGGUCUUGGAGAUUCCUUCUUGCACACUGGAAGACGCUGGCACCUACAUCUGUACGGCAACCAAUUCUCUAGGAGAAGACAGAACCACAUGUACAGUGAGGGUGGAAGAUCGCAGAGUUCCUCCGUCUUCUCGUGUACAGUCUCCCAUCAGUCUUACACCGCGUGUUGCUACUCCAACGUCUAUGUAUAGGACGGGAUCUGUGAAGAGCCCGUAUGCAGGAAAGCCAGCGCCAGCAAAAGCUAAGGACACUGUUCAAUCCACAUUGUCUGCUGCUGCUUCCCGACUGGCCGCCCCAGAUGCCACCAAGAGGAUUCCGAAACCGUAUGGAAAGAAGGACAAAGGAGAAGGACAGUCGAUGAGAUCCAGAACAGCUACCAAAGAACUACAAAUUCCUGAGGACAAGCCGAUGACGGAACCCAAGUUCACCCAGACCUUAGGAGACAGAACUGUGAAAGAUGGUGAAUCCGUGACGUUGAAGUGCACUGUGUCCGGUGAUCCCGAACCUCAAGUAGAAUGGACGAAAAAUGGAUCAGUGGUUCAUUCGUCGAAAGAAGUGAGCUUGAAGUACAAGCUGGGCGCAGCCACCCUAACAAUAGAAGAAAUCUUCCCUGAAGAUGCCGGGGAAUAUGUAUGCAAAGCCACUAAUUCAGUGGGAACUGCAUCUACCAAAUGCAAACUUCAAGUGAAAGCAUCCAAGUCGAAGGAGAAAGGUGAAAAGAAGGACAAAGGGGAUCAACCACCUAAAAUACUGGAACAUCUUCAGAGCAGAGUUGUCAAAGACGGCGAUCCUGUUACUUUACAGUGCACGAUAUCAGGUCAGUCCGCCUUCGAUGUCGUCUGGUUGCACAACAAUAAGGAAAUCAAGCCGAGCGAAGACUUUCAGUAUGUGCACGAGGGUGAUGUGUUCAAGUUGAUCAUACCCGAGAUCUUCCCUGAAGAUUCGGGAACUUACACCUGCGACGCUUUCAACGACAAUGGUGAAGUUUUCAGCACCUGCACGCUGGAGGUUCAAGUGCCUUCAGAGAAGUCUAAGGGCCCAGAAUUCGCUACGUAUCCUGUCUCUUUGGCUAUUCAUGAAGGCCAACCAGCUGUCUUCACUGCAGUUUUGAAAAAAGAAGCCAAAAAAGUCGAGUGGGCUAAGGACGGACGAAUCAUUGAGGAGUCACCCCGAACGAAGCUGAUUUCCCAAGGAUGCAAGUACACACUCUCUAUACCAAGUGCAGUACUGGCAGAUAUGGGACAAUAUGUCUUCACAGCCACUGACCAUAAUGGAGAAAAUGAAGCUUCCGUUUCACUUAUGGUGUUCAAUGGAUAAGGUUUUUAAACUAUUUUAACCCAUUCAUCAUUUUCUUGGACGCCAAGACCAUCGAGGAUGUCUCCUGUCAUCAUACGAACCUUCGAUUUUAAACGAAACCGAUAUUUGUUCACGUCGACUGACUUAACCUGUGUUGGCUUACAGGUGUCAAAUUACCCCUUCAUGCCCCCGCAAUGCAUUUUUUACUUUAUUUCCUUCACAUGCAGUCCUUUUAGAACAUUUUUAAAGAUUUGAUGUGCACAGCUAAUAGCUUAUGCAAAAAAUAUUAUGCAAGCUUGGCACUGGACACAGUUUAAUUUUUAAGCCUAUCUUUGAUUUUUUUCUGUAACUUUUCACUUUUCUUUGACUUAGAUUUUAAUCCAUUUUUAAGGAAACUUUUUAGUAUUAUUUUUUAUGAAGAGAUUAAAAACGAAAUAAUUUUUUUUUUUUUCAAAACCUUUUUUUAUACUCAUUACUCCUGUACUUUCCGUUUCAGGAGUAAAAUUUUCUGCUGAAGUUAAGUCGAGGAUUUUAAAUUUUUCAACCAACCGGUGAAGAUGUACAUACUUGAAAUGUUGAGUUCAAACAUGCAAGUGUUGAUCAACAAAUAUUGUUAAACAUAAUGUGCACACAAACUUUCUUUCUAUAAACAAAUACAAUAUGUGCUAAAUUAAAAAAAAAAAAAAAAAACCGUAACAAUGUUUAACGAAUUUUUAUACAUAUUGUAACAACUUAUAGAACAAACGUUGAUUCGUACAUUUGUAAAUACACUGUUAAAAAUUCAGGAAGAUUUUCUGGUAAUUAUUAAUGUAAAAUGGCAUCGCUAACGCAUCGCUGAUUUUUACGGUAAUUUAUACCGGAGAAAUAAGCGAUCCCAGCACCAAUUGGUUGCUGUGGUCUACCGAGGAAACCGUAAAAUUUUACAGUAACAUUUGAUUUUUACGGUAAUAGUUACUGGCAACAUGGAUGCCAGUAACAAUUACCGUAAAUUUUCCGGAAAAUUUUUAACAGUGUAGACUUGCUUUGACCUCAAAAUUUCAAGUAUGAGCCUUUGAGAACACACUAUUAUACGCAUUACUGUUUAUUACUCAAUGAUGGAUUAAAAUCUAUAUAGUUUGUAAUGAAAUAAGCAUGUACAUAUUUAUGUAUAUAUAUAAAUAUAUAUUGAUUCUUAUGGUAAGCUUUUAAAAGCCAAAAAAAGGAAUUAAACUAUUAUCCUCCUGCCUUUUUUUGGCCAGAAAGCUUACUACAGAGAAUCAGUAUGUACAGAUAUUAUCUUUUACAGAGAACAUAAUGUGAGAUUGCUACGCCUUAUGUCAUAUUAUGCAAUUUAAACUCGUUACAUGAUUUUUGCAACGAAUAAAAUGUAUAAGCAAAUGCCCCUGUCAUAUGUGUUUGUUUUUAUUAAAGAAAA